GUUAGGUAUUUAUUCGGUAUAGUUCAUGAACGUUGGCGAAAUGGCCGGACGUAAUCGCAAUCAGAUUACUAAACUCGAAGCUGCUAUCGAGCAGUGCCGCGCCGAGGGUAAAUGGCAACGAGUUACCGAACUGUCGGACGAGCUGAAAGCAGGAUUUCCUCAAGUUGAGAGUCUGGCCAAUUUUCUGAUGGGAGAAGGUAAGCUAGAGCGUUACCUUGAAGAGCAUCCCCCAAUCGAGGAUAAUUUUCACAAGGCCAAACUGGGACUCUCCGAUGCUAAACGUUACCUUAACUCAGUGAUCGGUGAAAGCGGAAAAAAGGCAGGAAUAGCCCUGGAUGCUCAUUUGCUGUUGGCCAAAUUAUACUAUGCUUGUGGGCAGUAUGAUGAAUCUUUGCAAAAUUUUGUGCUAGCUGAAUUGAAUACUUUAUCCGAGAAGCACCUCUCACCGCGAAGUAUUCGGAUUCUAGCUGAAUCGUAUGCCAUCAAGGGAAUGUGCCUGGAGAAGAAAGGUACAAAAUCACUAUCUAAAUUUAAACAAUCCGAACAGGAAACGGAAAUGAUUACCUGCUUUGAGCGUGCUUCUGAUUUGGGUAUACUCUACCUGCAAGGUCAGGACACCACCAAUCAAUCGGAGAUUAGACGCAUGGGUGCCGUUUUGGAGACUGGAUUACAGCGGGCUCCGAUAGUGCUCAUUAAGCAUGGAAAGCUUCAGAAUGCUAUAGACCGAUAUCGGGUAAUGCUGAAUGCAGUUGAAACAAAAGCAACGCAGACCCUUCGACUAACAUUGGCUAGACAACUGGCGGAAGUUUUGUUAAGGGGAGUGUCUGGCACUAUUUACACUCCACCGACCAACUUGAGUACAGCUUCCAAAACUGGCUCGGCAAAUAAGCGUCUUUGGGAACCGAAAAAAUAUUCCGCUAGACAACAAUUUGUACCGCGGAAUCAACAUGAGGAAACCAUUCUUUUGCUGCUGAUAGCAGAAGCAUUGGCUGUGCGUGAUGCUGUGCUAUCACAAAGUCCUGAGUUCCGGGAAGCAAGAAUGCAUUCUCUAGGAAAUGCCGCCGCAAUAUAUGACCUACUUACUCUGUCAACGGUUCGUUGGAAUCAAGCUGGCAUUCUGCAUGACUCCUUGGAAAAAGCAUUGAAAUUUUCCUUUGGAGAAAGCCAUGUAUGGAAACAGUAUGCCACAUGCUUGAUUGCAAUGGGACGCUACAAGCAUGCUGUUUGUGCUUUGAAAGAGCAUGCUAAGCUGGAACCGCAGGACGGUUUAAGUUGUCUAAUGGCGGCAAAACUAUGCUACGAGCACUUGGAUCAAAUUAAAGAAGGACUUGCAUUCGCAGAGGAAGCUUUAUCGAUUGAAAGUAAAAGUCUGAGGCGAUCGCGUGCUCAGCUGUAUGUUGGAAUAGGACUGCAGCAAGUAGCGAUCUCUUCGAGUCUGAAAUCGGAAAAAGACCAAUAUAACAAGUUGGCAUUCGAAGCACUGGAACGAGCUGUGCAGCAAGAUCCAAAUGAUCAUCUCGCCGAGUAUUAUCUGGCAUGUCAGAAUGCGUUCAGUUACAAUAUAUCAGAAGCGUUGUUGCAUAUUACUAAUGCUCUUUCGCUACGCGCUGAACACGCGUCCAGCUUGCAUCUGUUUGCUUUGCUGUUGACCGCCAACAGACGUCCGAAGGAAGCAUUGGUAGUGGUGCAGGAUGCCGCUGAAGAAUUUCCCGACAACUUGAACCUUCUGCACGUUAAGGCUCACCUCGAGCUUUACUUGAAAGACGUAGAAACUGCUUUGGAAACUGUGCAGCAGAUGUUGUCCAUUUGGCGCGAGGUAUACGAGGUGCAGCUGGCCAACGCAGGCAGCGGAAUGGAGCACGAGAAUGAAAAGCACUCCGACACUCGAAGUGUUCUGCAAAUGCAAUCGUCGCAAAUGUCCGAUAAAGAUUCAAAUUCUAUUCACGCUGCUUCGUUGGCCGCUUCUCGUAUUGAACAUGCCCUAAGUGAAGCGGCCAGCUCUCUAAGCUCGUUUAGUCCUCGUCCGGGACCGCAAAAAGCUUGGAUGAUACAAUUUAAGAUUUGGCUUCUGCUGGCAGAUGUUUACCUAGCAAUUGAGCAACCUAAUGAAGCUAUUAAUUGCAUCCAGGAAGCAAGUUUAAUCAAUCAAGUCUCCCAUCAAGUGAUGUAUAUGCGUGGUCAAAUUCACGUCUACCAGCAGCAAUGGGUGGAAGCUAAGCAGUGCUUCCAGAACGCAGUCUGUGCCAAUCCUUACCACACGGAUGCUCUGCGGGCGUUGGGAGAAGCUCAUCUAACACUUGGUGAACCGCGUUUAGCAGAAAAAACAUUGAAGGAUGCCGCACGGAUUGACCCCAAUUGUCCGAAAAUUUGGUUUUUGCUUGGUCGUGUUAUGGAAAGCCUGGGAGAUUUUACGGCAUCAGCUGAUUGCAUGGCUGCUGCCUUGCAACUAGAACCAUCCUGCCCGGUGCUGCCUUUCACUUCCAUUGCACUUGUGUUCGAGUAAAGAAACCGAUACAGUAAUUAUAAUGGUGUCUAUAUGCGGGAAUCGUUACCACUAAUCGUAAAAGGUAUCUUGUUGUAUGUACGUACUAGCAUAAGGUUAUUGCACUCUUCUCUGCUGAAUAGUUUGUGGUUCGAUCUCGGUUAACUUAGUUUUCAGUCAACAUUCUAUUUUAUCAAUCGAUGGAUUUCUCACCAUUCAAGCAAAGGACGUUGUUAUCUAUUUAUAUAUCGUUAUUGUUGGACUAAGUAAGAUUUAUUGUGUGCAUUUAUCUACAUGGUAAUUGAUUAUAACGUGGUGUACAAUAAAGUAACAGCAAAUCGA